AUGCACAUCAGGAAUCUCAACGACGAAUUCGCGGAGGCGAUGGCCCGUGAUGGCCAUACUAAGAUUUUUCAGAACCUUGACGGCGGACGAGACGAGGAGUACGAACGUCCCGGACAAGCUGAGGACGACGACAUAUAUGAAUGGAUUCGGAAAUUGUAUCGCGAUUCACGGGGUGCCGAGCUGCCCGGUAUGGUGAAUCCCAGUGUUCUUGAGUCCAUGUUCCGGCAACAGACCGUGGCAUGGAAGCCAAUCGCUAGCCAAUAUAUCGGCAAGGUAGCUAGAGCCGUUGAUGAUUUCAAUCACGCAAUUUUCGACAAAUUGAUAGGCGACGAAGGGAUCAGAGAUCAUCUCAUGGCACGCCUCCGCGAGCAAAACCAGGAAGCCGUCAAACGUGCAGGUGACGAGUUGGCCAGUCUACUACAGUGUGAGAGGGGCGGUAUCUUGCAGACAGUCAACCACUAUUUUGCUGAGACGCUGGCCAACAUUCGUCAAGAGCGCACUCUCCGGCGCCUCGAAGCGAUGGGCUUUCGGGACGGCAAUUACUUUUGUCUCGACCAAGUCGUGGGUGCGGUGCACCUCAGCAAUGAGGAUCAAGCUGUUGAGGAUAUCCACGAUAUUCUCAAGGCGUACUACAAGGUUGCUCGGAAAAGAUUUACAGACAACGUCGUUCUCCAGGUAGCCGAACGUCACCUUCUUGGGGCCAAUGGACCCGUGAAAACGCUGUCACCUGAAUUCGUUAUGAAUCUGGAGGAUAGCGAGCUCGAGCAUAUAGCCGGUGAAAGCUAUGUGACGUCAAGCAUGCGAAACGACUUGGCUUCCAGAGUGGAUCGAUUCCAGAAAGCUUUGCAGAUUGCGAAGUCAGCCAGUAUCUAG